AUGGAGAAAACACCAGAAGAUUACUGCGCGAAAAAGCCAGACGGUUUUACGUCAAAGGCAGGGCAGUGUCAGGAGUUCGUCCUCUGCCUUGACCACGUAGUGUACGACUUUGAAUGUCCAUACGGCCUGCGGUUUAACGAUACUCUGAAGUACUGCGUGAACGACUUGGAGUCGAGCUGCGUGCUGAAAGAACAAGAGCUGAAGGUGAAACUUCCGAAAGAGUUGGUGGCAGUCGAAGACUCCAGCUCAGAGCCGAAAGACACGGCGGACGUAAAGGAAAGCCCGGACAAGUACUUGUGCCCUGCCGAUGGCUACUUCAGGGAUCUGACCGACUGCGCGACGUUCUACAACUGCGACGGCGGCAUCGCGCACAAAUUCAGCUGUCCUGACGGACUGUUCUUCAACGAGCUGAGAACCGCCUGUGACCGUCCGGAGAAUGUUCAGUGCUGA